ACUCAGUUUCCCUGCGGCCCCGGCAGGCUCGUUGGCUAUUGGCUGAGCGAGGCGGAUCUGGUCCCGCUCCUCCCCGCCCCAGUGACACAAUAGCAGCUCCCUCCAAGAUGGCGGCGGCGACGGCGGACCCGGGAGCUGGGAACCCGCAGGCUACAGAUUCCUCUGGCGGGGGCACGGGCGGCAGUCUGCCAUCCCAGGGGGAGCAGGAGCUGAGCCGACGCCUGCAGCGCCUGUACCCCGCGGUCAACCAGCACGAGACGCCGCUGCCGCGCUCCUGGAGCCCCAAGGACAAGUACAACUACAUCGGCCUCUCCCAGGGCAACCUCCGCGUCCACUACAAAGGUCAUGGCAAAAAUCACAAAGAUGCAGCCUCAGUGCGGGCCACCCACCCCAUACCUGCUGCCUGUGGCAUUUAUUACUUUGAGGUGAAGAUUGUCAGCAAAGGAAGAGAUGGGUACAUGGGAAUAGGACUCUCAGCUCAAGGCGUCAACAUGAACAGACUUCCUGGUUGGGACAAACAUUCCUAUGGUUACCAUGGCGACGACGGGCAUUCCUUCUGCUCCUCGGGGACUGGCCAGCCCUAUGGUCCCACAUUCACCACAGGAGAUGUGAUUGGCUGCUGUGUCAAUCUCAUCAACGGCACCUGCUUCUACACCAAGAAUGGCCACAGCCUUGGUAUAGCCUUCACAGACCUCCCAGCCAACCUGUACCCCACCGUAGGCCUGCAGACGCCAGGGGAGAUUGUGGAUGCCAACUUUGGGCAGCAGCCCUUCCUGUUUGACAUUGAGGACUACAUGCGGGAGUGGCGUGCCAAGGUCCAGGGCACUGUCCACUGCUUCCCCAUCAGUGCCCGGCUUGGCGAGUGGCAGGCAGUAUUGCAGAACAUGGUCUCAUCUUACCUGGUGCAUCAUGGGUACUGUGCCACAGCCACGGCUUUUGCCCGAAUGACUGAAACCCCGAUUCAGGAAGAACAGGCCUCCAUAAAGAACAGACAAAAGGUCCAGAAGCUGGUGCUGGAGGGCCGUGUGGGUGAGGCUAUUGAAACCACACAGCGCUUCUACCCAGGGCUGCUGGAGCAUAACCCCAACCUGCUCUUCAUGCUCAAGUGCCGACAGUUUGUGGAGAUGGUGAAUGGGACCGACAGUGAGGUCCGCAGCUUGAGCUCCCGAAGCCCCAAGUCCCAGGACAGCUACCCUGACUCCCCCAGCCUCAGCCCCCGCCAUGGCCCCAGUAGUUCCCACAUGCACAACACAGGAGCAGACAGUCCCAGCUGCAGCAAUGGCAUCGCAUCUACCAAGAGCAAACAGAACCACAGUAAAUACCCUGCACCCAGCUCCUCCUCCUCCUCCUCAUCCUCUUCGUCUUCCUCCUCCCCAUCCUCCAUCAAUUACUCUGAAUCCAACUCAACAGACUCCACCAAGUCCCAGCCCCACAGCAGCACCAGUAACCAGGAGACCAGCGACAGUGAGAUGGAGAUGGAGGCAGAGCAUUACCCCAAUGGUGUGCUGGAGAGCAUGUCCACACGCAUCGUCAAUGGUGCCUAUAAGCAUGAGGACCUGCAGACAGAUGAAUCCAGCAUGGACGAUGGGCAUUCUCGGCGGCAGCUCUGCGGAGGGAACCAGGCUGCCACAGAAAGGAUUAUCUUGUUUGGCCGUGAGUUGCAGGCACUGAGUGAGCAGCUGGGCCGGGAGUACGGCAAGAAUUUGGCCCACACGGAGAUGCUGCAGGAUGCCUUCAGCCUGCUGGCCUAUUCGGACCCCUGGAGCUGCCCUGUUGGCCAGCAGCUCGAUCCCAUCCAGAGGGAGCCAGUGUGCGCUGCCCUCAACAGCGCCAUUUUAGAGUCUCAAAACCUGCCAAAGCAGCCCCCUCUGAUGCUCGCCCUGGGCCAGGCCUCUGAAUGUCUGCGGCUCAUGGCCCGAGCAGGCCUGGGAUCUUGCUCCUUUGCCAGAGUCGACGACUACUUGCACUAGCUGACCACACUGGCUGGCCCCACCUGGCCUCUCACGGCCUCCAGGCUGGAGCAGCCCUGCCCUCCAUAGGCACCUAGCACAGGGACCUGGAAGCCAUGGGCAGAGUCCACUCCUGCCGCCACCUGCCUGGCCUUCCCCUCUUCUCCUUUUCCUUCCUGCCUUCCUUUCCUUCCUUCUUUUUCCCCCUCCUUCAGUCUCUCUCUCCCCUUCACGUGCGGCGGCCUAUAACACAGUAUUGGCUGGUUACUCUCAUGUAGCGCCUUCUACUUUGAAAGGGGGGUUUUGUUUUGAAGAGAGGUUGGGUUUUUUAAUCUUUUUUUUUCUCUCCUGACUGAGCCACCAGUAUUUAUCUCUGGAGAGUUUGUGCUGAGCUGGUUUCUGCUAAUUUAGUGACGAAGCCUAUCCAAGUUGGUGAUAGCUUAUUAUUUUCAUAAUUAAAAAAUGAGAUUUUAUAUAUAUAUGUAUAUAUAUGUGUGUGUAUAUAUAUAUAUAUAUAUAUUAAAAAAAACAAAACAGUAUUUAUCGUAGUGUUAGUGGUCCAGCACCUAUGGGGUGAAGCUGUCCAGACACCGUAUGUUUUUAUUCGACUCCCACUCAUUAAAAAAGAAUCACCUCUGUCACCUCAGUCAGCCAAGUGGUUUGUUUUCUUUUAGGCUCCCCCUUCUUUGAGGCAUAGAUCCAGCUGCAGCCUAGGGAAGCCGAAUAGAACUUUGGGAGGGGGACAUAGUGGGAGGGGACCUAAGCUGGUUUGCUGCAUCCCCAAAAGUGUGGGGCCCCAGGCCCCUGAGAGCUGGACUGAGUAGAGAACUGCAAGGCUUAGGGUCCAGAGAAGUGACAAGUUGGCCCAGGGCCACACAGCAAAGCAAGGGAGUAGAGGGUCCUUGGCCAGCACGCUGUCUACCAUCCUACCCUGCAUCUCACUGCCUGCCUCGCUCCUUUUCUCUCUUCCCUUUUUUACACCCUGCUUUCCCUUGUUAAGAUGGCCAAAUAAUUCAUUUACUCUGAAGUGAUUGCCUGGAAACUACCUGCCUUUGACCUGAGAACUGCUGUGUCAAGCUGCGGGGAGGAAGUCUCCAUUCCCAGGACAGAGGCCCUUGAGUAUCUUCUCCAUCUCUGCACAGUUCUGUUGGAAUUGAUGCUUUCUUGUGGAGAGCCAGUCAGUACCUUGUGGAGGCAGAUUCUUGGGUUGGCAGAUGCCUGGAGCAGCAGAGCCCUUGACCCCUGGGCCAGCCCUCACUCCAGUUGUGCCAGGCAGCUCCCUGCAGCUUGGCCCCAGACACUCUUCAGGAAAAUGUCAUGUUUGCUGGCCAGAGGAAGGCACCUCAUGGGCUUUACAAAUGUCCCACUAGAUGUUUCAGAUGGAUCCUCACAGCUGGUGGGGUAUUACCAUCAGGAAUUGGAAGAGGAAGGUCUUAGAUGGUUGCCAGGACUUGAUGGGCCAUCUGUGGAGAGGGUUUGCAGCCCAGGAGAAGGGAAGGGAGGAGACCUACCCAGAGGAGUACCACGAGGGGUGGCACUUCCCUACCUGCCUCACAGGGCUUGGGGAGAAUACAAGUAGCCUUCUGCAAAGGGGAGGGUCAGACGUGGCAAGGCCAGAAGUUGAACUUGUAGGCCGUGCAAGCUAUUGCUCCAUGUUAGUGGACAUAGGAAUGGUUGGUACAGCCUGAGAUACUCAACACCCACCAGGCCUUGACAGGCCCACAUCUGGACAACAAGAAAAAUGAUUGAGUUGGACCAACUGCUGGAGAUGGGCAGGAGCCUAGCCCUGUGCUCUCCCACAGUUCUGCCUAGAGAGUGACUCUAUGGGCUGCUGCUUUUUCUUGGUCUCUGCCAGGGCCCCAGCUGGCAGCCCACAGACCAUGGUCCGUCGGAGAGGUGUUAUCCUGUCUGUAAAGGAAGUUCAUCUUCUUCAAGGCUGGGAAUGCCUAGCUCCCAAACCCAGAGGGUAGAAACAUCAGGCUGUUAAAAUGAUCAUAGCCUAGCAGAACUGGGAACUAAAACCAAAGGCUUUUGCAGUGGGAACAGAAUUCAGAGGACAUCUGCUCCACCAGUCCUCGCCUUUUACAGAUAAGGAAACAGGCCCAGGAGAUUGAUUUGGCCAAAGUCACACAGCAAAUUAGCGGCAGAGCUGGGGCUAGCCUCAUCCCUUCUGGUUGAGCAACACUGUUUAGUCCUAAAGCUGAAUGGUGGAUGAGCCCCCUGUCAGGGGUUAGGCUGGCGUGGCCUCCAGCAGCGACUGAGCAGGGGUGGGGAUGGGUGCCUGGUCUUGGCUUUUGGAGCGGCUGAGAAUGUCCCAGGAGGGCUUGGGACAGCUGCGUGCUGCAUGGGGUUUGGUGUCCGCCUGGCUUGCACUCAGUACCCAUGGCCGCCUCCCCAUUUUCUGUGCCUUAUCUCACUGUUUCUGCUGAGUCCAAGUUGUUUACUCUGUUCCUCUCCAGAGGGGUUCUCUGUCUCAGCUGGACAGCUCACCUUCGGGACAUAAGCCUUUGCCCCACAAGCCGUGGAGAGGGCCAAAAACAAGCUGCUUGAGCCCACCGUCUUGCUGAUAGUGCAGGCCUGCCUGCCAGCCGGAGGAGCCCCUAUGCACACUUGGUCCUACCCACCCGCUUCCAGGAGCCGAGUGGGGAGGCUCCUGGGAGGAGCCUGGUGACGGGCUGGACCUGGCUCCGUGGGGCUGUCCAGCCCUGGGGGAGCAGCCUUCCCUACUUACUUUCCCCUUUGCGGCUCCAAAUGGUCGCUCCUUCCAGAGUGGGAACUGGUAAAUCACUCAAAGCCAGAACCCCUGAUCUCCCCCGACAUGGGUGCAGGCUGUCAGAACAGGGACACCAAGAGACAGAGAAGAUGGGUCUACCCGGCCACCCAGCGCCUUUCCACCCCUUAAGCAAGCACAAAGAAGAUGAGGCAGAGAACUGUUGGAACUGCAAGUUCCUUUGGUUGCUCACAACUCAGGUAUGCACACCGUGAGGCAGCUGAGCAGCAGAGCCCUACUUGACUGCCAGUUUGGUGCAGCCGGACCUGGGGCCAGACUGUGGCCUCUGGCUGCCUCAGGCGCCCACCUCUUUGCAUAGGGUUUCCCUCCAUUAGUAACCACAGCUAACAGACGUCCUCCACAUUGUGCACACUGGCUCUACCUUUGUCUUCGCAAGUUGUUAAUUGGCAUUAGCAUGAAACUUGCGGGCGCGGGAGGGUUUAGAGAGAAUUCUAACACAAAAUAUCCUAUUAAAAUUGUACUUGAGCGAUGAAAAAACUCCUGUUGUAUUUUGACAGAAUUAUUUUUAUUAAAAUACACAUCC